AGCUGUCAAACUGCGAAGUUAUCCAGCUGAGAAGCGAGAAACCGAAGCUGACUGCGAGGGAAUGUGAGGUGACGGAAGAAGCCAGGAAAACGUCAAAAGAAGAAUGAUUGCGAUCAAGACGUCAUGUCGGUGAGAGGCUAGCUGGCCUCUGUCCCACGUCUUCAUUUGCAUGACUCCAUGAUGGUGCUGGCUGCACUUCUUCUCCUGUGCCUCCUCCCGCUGGUCUCCACUCUUCAGGACUCUUCCCAGUGUGCAGCUGUAGUGGACGUGUUUGACCCAGCCCCCUGCCUCGCCCCCUGCUCCAAUGACAGGGAGUGUCCGCCUGACCAGGUGUGCUGUAAGGUGUCGCCCAGUAGUGACUGUGACCAUGAGUGCCAGGUGCCAACAGAGACAGUGGAGUGUAUUGAUCCAGUAGCAGGUGUGUUAGCUCCAGGAGAGCAGAUUGAGAAUGGAGAUGGGAACUGUUGUACCUGCCAGCACUCUGGUGAAGUAACCUGUACCAAUGGGCCAUGUAACACAGACAGCAGCACAUUUACCAAGCCUGGGUUCUGUCCGGAUGCGGUGGGUUCUCAGCUGUGUGGGGAGUCCAUGUGUACGACUGACUCUGACUGUGCAGGGAGCGACAAGUGUUGUCCUGCCAUUGAUGCCUGCCAGUACUCCAUGACAUGUGCAGCAGCGAUAGGGGCCUCUACAGGUUGCAUUGCCAACAGGUCCCCGUAUGCAGAGGGAGAAGUGGUCAGGGUAGUGGACAGGUGUAACAACUGCACUUGUCUGAGAGGAGAGGUUGUGUGCACCGAUGACCCCUGCCCGUCAGGUGCUGCACAACAGGAGGAACCAACAGUCAGUUCCCAAGCUGUGGUGGUACGGUCCACAGACUUGUUGUGCUUAGGUGCUCUUCUGUUGUUUUAUCUUUAUUGACAUGUUAACUCUGCUUUACUCUGAAACACUUGUUGUGAUAGCUAUAGCUGUAAAGAGGUUUUACAGUCAGCCAAGUUCUUGCUAUAAGAGGCCUUGAUGGAGUUGAAUUUUUUUGUGUUUAAAGGCUUCUUUGUAAUGUAUUUUAAAAAAG